AUGAAACCCUCUAGUUGGACAGCUCAGCUUUCACUCUGGCGCGAGAUUAUCUCUGAAAUUCACGAGGGGACUGAGCGAGCAUCGAUCCUUGAGAUCUUUCUUGAGCUCGGUUCAUCAGCAAGCACACAUGAAGCUUCCUCGUCAAUCAACAACUUGACCGAUUCUAGUGUGGGUCAAAUAUUGGAAGUUGUUCACGAUGAUCAAUCGCAACCUCGAUCUCGUCGUGUAGGCCUCAUGGAUCUACCUAUUGAGGUCUUUGACAAGAUACUUGACCAGAUUCAUCGCCUCCCAAACCAUGGUCUAUACGAAAAAAGGACCUUAGGUGAGGUGAAGAUCACAGGUCCCGGUGAUAUGACGCCAUACUACACCUACUUGUACCGCGAUUCGCCAAUCUUGAAUCAUGUUCAGAACUUUUCACUUACUUCUCGUGAAAUAUAUCAAUACUGUCAACCACGGCUAUGGCGAAAAUUAAUUUUUCCUACGUCUUCUCCAGCACCGAUAGAUCUAUGGACCAAAGGGAUCCUUUGCAAACAAGGCACACAUGUCCAAUCUCUAGCACUCACUCUCUCCGAAAACUGCUGUAAACCUCUCGGUGAAUUCAUAGAACAUGAUUCAUUCUAUGAUAAUCUUGAUAUCGAUCCCACACGUGAACGGAAACAGAUCUCACCAAAGAAUGUAAAAGACUUAAUCAAUAUGUGCCCCAAUCUUUCUACGCUCGAAAUGUCUUAUGAUUAUGAGGAACCGAAUGACGACAAGGGUAGAACAGAAGAUUUUCUGUUAGACUUAGUUCCACUAAUAUCAAAUCUCAAACACCUUCAGGAAUUCAUAUUUGUGGAUACAAAUCGAGGUACAAUCUUAUACGAAUUCCCAUCAAAAGUCAUUGGUAUUCUACCACUCCUCGAGUCACUCAUAAUUUGUGUACCUACACAUACAGUCUCUGGAUCUCAAAAACUACUUGAUAGUUCCUUUGGUUUCAAUUUAUCUAAACUGAGAUAUCUAUCACGGCUGAGUUUAGGAUACGUUGAUGUUAUAGAUGAAAGUUGGUGUCUAUACGAGUGGCCAAAAACAAUCACAAAUAUUGAAUUUCUCUGUUGUCGUGGUUUAUUACCAAGUUUGGCCCAUCAAGUCAUUCAUCAUAUCGCGCCUUACUUAACAGAUCUCAGCCUUGACUUCCCCUAUAAGGACGAUGGCGACGACUGGGAAUUCGAACCAAACUGGAAUCCUCAAAGCCAUCUAUCUUUUCCAUAUCUAACCAACUUGAGGCUUUGUACUCGAAACGCGCACUUUCUGGUCAGCUUCCAAAACUGCAAAUCUCUACGCCGUGUUGAAUUCAGCUGUAGAACAUUAGAACAUUGCAGGGUGCCAAGGGGGAUUCUGUUGGAAGGCAAUUGGCCUCAGCUUGAAAAACUGCAUGUAAAUGCUGAUGGUGUUGAAAUAAUUGGCGUGAAUCUCCGAGAAGUUGAAGAUGAAUUACUUUCAUUGGAACAAUGUUGUAAAGAAAUCAACUUGAAGGUGAUCAUAACACGGUUUACAAGGAAAUUCGUUUGGGGUAAUAACAUUGCUUGA